GAACUUUCGGUCCGGGAGCGCAGCGCUCCGCGGGGCCAUUGAGAGGCGCCGCCGCCGGAAGCGGAUGUGGGCGGCGGGGGAGUGAGGGGAGCAGCUGACUUCCACUCCCGAGCUACCUGUGGCAGCGGCUGUGGCCGAGUGGGAUGGAGCAUGUGACGGAAGGCGCCUGGGAGACGCUGCCUGUGCCGCUGCACCCGGGGGUGCUGGCGGCUCUGCGCGAGCUCGACUUCCCCCGCAUGACGCCCGUGCAGUCUGCCACCAUACCGCUCUUUAUGAAGAACAAAGAUGUGGCUGCAGAAGCUGUCACAGGGAGCGGCAAAACACUGGCUUUUGUCAUUCCCAUCCUGCAAAUUCUGCUGAGGAGGGAAGAGAAGUUAAAAAAAAUGCAGGUUGGAGCUAUCAUCAUCACACCCACGAGAGAGCUCGCCAUCCAGAUCAGUGAAGUGCUGCUACAUUUUUCUAAGCACUUCCCACAAUUUAGCCAGAUUCUUUUAAUUGGGGGUAGGAACCCAGGAGAAGAUGUUGAAAGGUUCAAAGAACAAGGUGGAAACAUCAUAGUUGCCACUCCAGGCCGCUUGGAGGACAUGUUCAGGAGAAAGGCUGAAGGUUUGGAUUUGGCAAAUUGUGUGAAGUCCCUUGAUGUCCUGGUGUUGGAUGAAGCAGACCGCCUUUUGGACAUGGGGUUUGAAGCCAGUAUAAACACUAUUCUGGAAUUUUUGCCAAAGCAGAGGAGAACAGGCCUCUUCUCUGCCACUCAAACUCAAGAGGUUGAGAACCUGGUGAGGGCUGGCCUUCGGAAUCCUGUCCGGAUUUCAGUGAAAGAGAAGGGAGUGGCAGCCACCAGCACUCAGAAGACUCCCAGCCGCCUGGAGAACUACUACAUGGUCUGCAAAGCAGAUGAGAAAUUUAAUCAACUUGUGCAUUUUCUCCGAAAUCAUAAGGAGGAAAAACACCUGGUAUUCUUCAGUACCUGUGCCUGUGUGGAAUAUUAUGGAAAGGCUCUUGAGGCCCUGGUUAAAAAUGUAAAAAUAUUGUGCAUUCAUGGAAAGAUGAAAUAUAAACGCAAUAAGAUAUUCAUGGAGUUUCGUAAACUGCAAAGUGGUAUUUUAGUGUGCACUGAUGUGAUGGCCCGGGGGAUAGACAUUCCUGAAGUAAAUUGGGUUUUGCAGUAUGAUCCACCUAGCAAUGCAAGCGCUUUCGUGCAUCGCUGUGGGCGCACAGCCCGGAUUGGCCGGGCCGGCAGCGCCCUGGUGUUCUUGCUUCCCAUGGAAGAGUCCUAUGUCAAUUUCCUUUCCAUCAACCAAAAGUGUCCCCUGCAGGAGAUGAAGCCGCAGAAAAACCCAGCUGACCUUCUCCCCCAGCUGAAGUCAAUGGCUUUGGCAGACCGAGCAGUAUUUGAAAAGGGGAUGAAAGCUUUUGUGUCUUGUGUCCAAGCCUAUGCAAAGCACGAGUGCAAUCUCAUCUUCCGAUUAAAAGAUCUAGAUUUUGCUAGUCUUGCCCGAGGUUUUGCCCUCUUACGGAUGCCCAGGAUGCCAGAGCUAAAAGGAAAACAGUUUCCAGAUUUUGUGCCUGUUACUAUUGAUACAGACACUAUUGCCUUUAAAGAUAAAAACAGAGAGAAACAGAGACAGAAAUUUCUAGAGCAACAAAGAAAAGAAAAAAAAGAGAACGAAGGAAGAAAGAAAUUUAUCAAGAACAAAGCCUGGUCAAAGCAGAAAGCCAAGAAGGAAAAGAAGAAAAAAAUGACUGAAAAGAGAAAAAGAGAAGAGGAUUUUGAUAUUGAAGACGAGGACAUGCAAGAGCUGCUCAAUGAUACAAGACUCUUGAAAAAGUUGAAAAAGGGCAAAAUGAGUGAAGAAGAGUUUGAGAAGAGAUUGUUGGCUCAUGGCAAAGGCAAGGCCCAUCUUGAGCACUUGGGGUCCUCGGAUCUGGACGGUGAUGACAGCUGACUCCCUAAGGGCCUUGUGCCCCUACACCAGUGGAGGCCACAGUCUUAACAAAUUCCAAGAAGGGCGUGGUGAAAGGUGGUGAGAGGAAAGGGUCUCUGUCUCAGGUGGAAAUUUUGGAUAUUCUUUAUGCUUUCUUGAAAGAGGCAAACUGAAUCACAAACCCAAACAUGUCAUUUCUGCCUCCGCUUUUUCAAUUUGACUGAGGGGAACAUAUAACAUUUUUGUGUGUACAUAAGAGUUGAUAUUUAUUUUUAAAAGCCAUUUUUCUACAGCUUUAAGAAAUAAAGCUAAUAAUAAAACA